AUGAGUUUACAAAAACCAAAACAAACAAAAUUACUUUUAAUUGGAGAAACAGGUACUGGUAAAAGUUUACUUAGUAAUUCCAUUUUACAGAAGAAUGUUUUUAAAGUAGGUAAUAGUCCAGAUUCAGAAACAAAAGAAGUUGCUAAAUAUUUUGGAGAAGGAGAAAGAAGUGAUUUAAUUGUUAUUGAUACACCUGGUUUUAAUGAUACUAAUAAUUUUGAUAAUAAACAUAUUCAGAAUAUUGUUAAUUGUGUUAGAGUUGAAGGAUUACAAGGAAUUAUAUUAACAAUGGAUUUUUAUACGUGUAAAUUUACUGAUAAUAUUAAACAAGUUAUUGAAACUAUAAAUGAUGUUUUCAAAAUAAAAGACAUUUGGAAACAUGUUUGUAUUGUUUGGACUAGAUGUUAUAAUUAUAUUCCACCAAAGAAAAUUGACGAAGGUAAAAAAGAGAAAGAACAAUUCAAAGAAAACAUAAUUUCAUUUAUAAAACAAAUAAAUAAAACAAAUGAAGAAUUUGAUAUACCAAUGUAUUAUGUAGAUUCACAACCAGAUGAAGAUUAUGAUAAUAAAAGAUCAGAGAAAGAAAUAGAAAGAUUAAUUGAAUGGGCAAAAGAAUUAGAAUUAAUUGAUGAAAAAGAAAUUAAGAAAUCAUUCAGUGAAUACAAAGAAAUUAGAUAUGAAGAAAAAGAAGAAAAAGGUAAAAUAAUAAAAGAAACAGAAUCUGAUAUAACAUAUGAAAAAAAGACAUACAGAAGAUGUAUUAAAGUAACAAAUGAUGGAGAAGAAAUAGAAGGUGAAUGGUAUUUAUUUAGUACUAAAACUAUAACAGAAAACAAACGUAAUAUAUAUCAACCAUACGGUUGUGUUAUGGUAUAA